GGGUCCUCCGCGCGUUCCCGGGCCGGGAGCCGGCGCACGAUGCGUCCGGCCGCGUUCUGAUCGCCGCCGCGCCGCCGCCUCCGCCAAGAUGAUCCCCCCAGAGCCGCAGCAGCAGCAGCUGCAGCCACCGCCGCCGGCCCCGCCGAACCAUGUGGUGACCACCAUCGAGAACCUGCCGGCUGAGGGCAGCGGCGGCGGCGGAAGCCUCUCUGCCUCCUCCCGGGCCGGCGUGCGCCAGAGGAUCCGCAAAGUGCUGAACAGGGAGAUGUUCAUCUCUGUGGCUCUAGGCCAGGUGUUAUCCCUUCUUAUUUGUGGAAUUAGCUUGACCAGCAAGUACCUGUCAGAAGAUUUCCAUGCCAACACACCAGUCUUCCAGAGUUUCCUCAAUUACAUCCUUCUCUUCUUGGUCUAUACCACCACACUUGCCGUCAGACAAGGAGAAGAAAACCUCCUGGCAAUUUUACGACGAAGAUGGUGGAAGUAUAUGAUCCUGGGACUCAUAGACUUGGAAGCAAAUUACCUGGUGGUCAAGGCUUACCAGUACACGACUCUGACCAGUAUCCAGCUCCUGGACUGUUUUGUGAUCCCAGUGGUGAUUUUGCUGUCCUGGUUCUUCCUGCUGAUCCGGUACAAGGCUGUGCAUUUCAUAGGCAUCGUCGUCUGCAUCCUGGGAAUGGGCUGCAUGGCGGGCGCGGACGUGCUGGUAGGAAGGCAUCAGGGAGCAGGGGAAAAUAAGCUGGUGGGGGACCUUCUGGUCUUAGGAGGAGCCACGCUCUAUGGCAUCUCGAACGUCUGGGAAGAGUACAUCAUCCGAACCCUGAGCCGAGUGGAAUUCCUGGGAAUGAUUGGACUCUUUGGGGCAUUUUUCAGUGGAAUUCAAUUAGCUAUAAUGGAGCACAAGGAGCUGUUAAAGGUGCCCUGGGACUGGCAAAUAGGACUGCUCUACGUUGGCUUCAGUGCCUGCAUGUUUGGUCUCUACAGUUUCAUGCCAGUGGUCAUAAAGAAAACCAGUGCCACUUCAGUCAACCUCUCCCUGCUCACCGCAGAUCUGUACAGCUUGUUCUGCGGAUUGUUUCUCUUCCACUACAAGUUUUCAGGACUGUAUCUCCUGUCUUUCUUCACCAUCCUCAUCGGGCUGGUGCUCUACUCCUCCACCUCCACAUACAUAGCCCAGGACCCCCGCGUGUACAAGCAGUUCCGCAAUCCUUCGGGACCCGCUGUGGACUUGCCAGCCGCUGCGCAGGUGGAGCCUUCGGUCACCUACACCAGCCUGGGCCAGGAGACCGAAGACGAGCCCCACGUUCGUGUGGCCUAGGGCGAGGCCCUCCCUGCCCACCGAGGAAACCUCCGCGGCCGUGUGUUCGCUCGUCAUCUCUGUUUUGUACAUAGAGAAAGGUAUUUAUUAGGUGCGGUUUACACAGGUGGACUGCAAGGUAGCAAACUCGAAAGCCUGUAAAAGGCGCACACUCAACAUCCCUGGAGAUGCAGGCUCUGACCCACCUGACUCGGAGAGAUGCUAGCUAGUGUGUGUAUCCCGGUCACAGCCCCCUGCAUUAAUUACUGUGAACAUUUUUGAAUCAAAAGCAAGUCUUAUGAUUUGUAUUAUUAUUGUUACUGUUAGUUCACCGACUUUCAGGAGGCGGUUUUGUCCUCCUGAUAGAAACUCUCACCAGGCCCACACGCAGUUAACAUCAGUCCCACUUUUCUAUGGCAAGCCACUUUUUAAGACUCACACUCUAUUUUUUUUGCACAGUCUCUGAGUGCUGCAUGCCACAGGAGACACCCUGCGAAGCUUCCUUAUCCUAGGGACCUGGGGGCGACUGGUUUCCUCUGUUCCCUGUUGGAUCGCCUGCUCAAUAUGUAUUUUGUGCUGUGACCCUUGUGGGGAGUGGCAACUGACCAUACAAUUCUCUAUUCUAGGAAUAGAUAUAAAACAAACACUUUAGCCUUUUUAUAUUUCAACCUGUGAUGACUCCAGGCUAUGGCCUUUCUGUUGCACCACACAAUUCUGCUAAUUAAGUCCCUGUAAUAACAGGAUAAGGAAUGUUCCAUUUCUGUGGCUUAUGAGAAACCCUAGAAAUAAUAUCAUUUGUGUUUAGGGUAAUACUUUUUUUUUUUUCUCUUUCUGCUCCUCCCUGUGUUCUCACUUCAGAAAAACAUAUUUGUUUUCCUUUUUUACCCCUGGAUUUCUUUAGUGAUAAUAUGGAAAUCAGUCAAGGCAUUGGAAAAAGCCAUGGUCCUCUGCCCUCUUAAUUGUGUGCUACCCUUUUUGAAAUACACCAGCUUGGAAAUCACCUUAAUUGUGAGUACCAUUGAUUAUUUGGCCUCCCAACAAAGUCAGGGUGCUGGCGUGGAACCAUCUCUGACAAUAUAGCUCAUGGAUCUGGCCAUUUUGUAGUGGUAAACAUCGCCAAUGAAAAAGUCUGGCACUUUGGUCAUAUUUGGCAUCCAUUCAAUAACAGACUGUAUCAACACAACAUUCUUAUGGAUACUGAGGCUAUUAUAGGGCCCUCAUAAGGCUUCGAGGGGUAUGUCACUAGUCUAAUUUAGUUACCCUUAAAAUAGCCUUUUUUUUCAAACACACGAAACAGAAAGACAAGAAAGACCACUGAAUUCUAUGAUUUACAAUAGAUUCUACAUGUCAGUAUACGCAGUGCAAUAGUCUUUAUAUUUGGCUAUUCUAAAUACCAUUCAAAAAGAUCUUCAUAGAGUUGCAGGAUUUGUAAAAGGGAAAUAAAUGCCUAUGAAACUUGGGGUAAUUCAGAUCAGUGCAUCGUAAACACGUAAAGCAAAAUACCACGGGGGUCAAUGUAAGGUAGAGAAUAGGUUGCGGCUGAGUCAGAAUUUCCAUAAUAUCCUGGACAAGCAGGCAAAAGCACCCCAGGCUGUCAGUCAGCACCCCUGCAGCCCUGCCCUGCCCUGCUUGUCUUUGGAGGUGGAGCAGACAAGUUAGCUUCUCUGAUAGGCAGAUUUUUAUGGUCAUCUUUGCUCAGCCCCCCUUAGAAACAUGUUUUAUUCUCUGUGGGGAAAAAACCCCCCACCAAUAUUAAAGCAAUAUCAAGUUAAAGGAACUUUGCCAGUGUUAGCUGUUUGCUACCUUUUAAACCAAUUAAAUACCUUUCUCUGACUAUUUUGUCCAUUCAGAUCUAAAGACCUUUAAAGACUGUGGUUUGAUUUUUGUGUUUACAUUCCUUUGGUUUGCAUAAUUUGCUUGAUUUAUUGCAUUUUUAGUAUUUAUUUUAAGCCAAAUGUUUUACUCUUUUUUAUUCCUUUUUGUGACACUGAAUUUGCAGACACUUAGUAAAGUCUUAGGAGAAAUAAGUGGAUGAAAGGAUUUCCAAGUCGACGUAGUGGACUGGGAAUUUUUUUUAAAUUUAAAUUUCAAAAAGGUUUGCAAUCAAUGAACAUGGAUGGCCAAACGUUGCCAUCUGAAUUAUUUUCUAGGCUAUUUUAAUUGACACCAUUGUACGGAAACCAAGUGUGAAUGUUAAGGUGAGUUCACUGUGUACCCUUGAUCAUCCAGUGUCCACACAAGACUUCCAUGUCACUGGGGCACCUCUUGGUGUUGGUUCUUCUCCAUUUAGAAAGGCUGAUAACAUACUUGUCCGAGAUCAGGAGUUCCAGAUGGACCCUUUGGGGUGGGGGGAGAAAAUAGCAAGAAACAAACUCUUUUUCUGUGUAAAAACAUCGAUCCUUUGGGAGUGGGGUGGGAAAUGGGGGUAGGACAUCAUUAACUCUAGCUGUUUUAGUUUCUGAAAUUUCAUAACCUCAGUAGACACCAGCACAAAUUUCAGCUUUUCAGUCUACCACCACUCCCUCCUUCACUGAUGAGACGUUAGCAGCUUGUAUAGAUUUUGGUCAGGUGAGCAAAUCUGAGCUCUCCUAAACCUCGCUAGAGAUAGCUGGUGGUUCUCACUUACUCAAUGACACCUUGCACUGGGAAUAAUGCGAGCCUUGGUCACAUCUUCCCACAGCUCCAAACUUUGAAUUACACAACCAGGUAGACCAAGCCAUGGAAAAAUUUGCACCACUGUGUCCCAUGAAAAUGUUUCAAUGUUUAGUUUAGGUAUUGCUAACUUGUGCUAUUAACCUUUUGACAAGCGUGUAGUAUUGUUUGUUUUUGGGUUUGUUUUUGAUUUAUAACCAUUUAGUAGUCCCCAGCUAGCUACCAGUACAGAUUUUUACCCCAUGGGUAGGAUUCUACUAUCAAGCCACAUAACAAAGCACACUAAUCCAGACACUGAAAAUGGAAAAUAUGAACCAAAAAGGAAAUUUACACCGAUAAGUUGAACAAACUCUCCAUUUUUUGAUAUUUGCAUGCUCCCCUAUGGACUGGCUGUGGCAAUGUAAUGCCUGUAUAAUGUUUUCAAAUAAAAAAUAAAUGCUUUAUGAAA